AUGCAUGACGAGAUUGACGAGGAAAAACGAAAUAUAAUCUUUGUUAGAAGUAGUAAAAGUAAAAGUAAAACUCCAAGAUGGUUUAUUGAAAUCGAAAAUAAGCUGAUCAAAGACAAAAAUACGAGAGUAAUAUUUAGCAGUUAUGAGAUCAAUAAAUAUAUUUACGAUGAACUUAGGAAUAAACGUUACGUACAAAAUGGUUGGAGUUUGUUUCAUACUGUAGAUAAUGAAUUAGAUGAAUUAUUAAUUAUUGAUAAACGUUUCAAUUAG